AUGAAAAUCCAGUUUACGUAUUUUCUUUCUCUCCUCUUUUUACUGAUUUCUCUUGCAUUUUCUUUGGAUGAUGGUGAGUUUGAGACCGCAGAUUUUGAUGAAUCUGAUGUUGCAGAUGUAGAGCAGUUCCCGGGGCCAUUUCCUGGUCCAUUUCCCGGGCCAUUUCCUGGUCCGCGGCCCUUCCCUCCGCGAUACCGUGCUUUUGCCCUUUUGGAUAUGAGUGUCGAUACAGUCCUCGCACGUGCUUCAGCUGCUCAUUUCCGUAUUGCGUAA